AUGGUCCUUGUCGACUACCCAGAUUCCAGCUCUGAGAGCGAAGAUCAAGACACGACGAAAAAGUCUAUCAAGCAAGGAGGUGUGAAACGGAAGGCUGAGCACGUGGAAGCAGAAGGAUGGGAGUCCAGCAGGCCCAAACCGCCUCCUCCACCCUUACCAACCUCGUUUCAUUCGCUUUAUGCAACGAACGCAAGAAGUUCGACUACCGAUGACCCUUCCUUACACGCCGGUCGAACGCGUCAAGUACCCCAUGCGAGAGCAGGUUUGGCAUUGGAACCAGCACCAAAAGACUCGAAACCCAAUGUACACAGCUUUCUCCACUCUGAGUUGGGCGUCCAAUUACCGCUUCACAUCAGCCUAUCUGCUCCUCUCGUGUUGAAGACGGAGCAAAGAGAACAGUUCCAGUCCUGCCUCGAAUCAAAAUUGAAGCAGGGCCGCAUCAAGCCAUUCACGGUCCAGGUGUCAGGCCUCGACUGGGUAGCGAACCACGAUAAAACAAGGUUUUUCUUGGUUUUGAAGCUCAUGAAGCCCGGCGACGAUGAAUUAAACAGGUUGCUAUCGAUAUGUAAUGCAGCUGCUCGGCAAUUUGACCUGCCUCGACUCUACGAAGAGCGGUGCGACACUCCCACACGCAAUCGGUCCCAGUCGUCGAGAAAGAUAAUGCGCGAAAUGACUGAUAAGUCGGAUGCCUUUCAUAUCAGUAUAGCAUGGACUCUUGAUGAGCCUGACAAUCAAACCAGGCAAGAGCUCAUUCGCCUUGUAGAUGACAAGCUGCGAGCUUCGAAGGUGGGCUUCCCACUUCUAAAGCUCAAAAUUGGGAAUUCUGUGAUGGAUCAUCCUUUCGCAACCGGCUGUGAUGGAGACAAGUGA